GAACUCGAAAGCGACUUUCGGUUCGUCCUGAUCCGUCCGGAUCGAGCGAAGUUAUGGUUGAGAUUGAACCCCAUCCACACAUCCGCGAAGCAUGCACAGAUCAUGAGUUUGACCGGGAGCACGCCACGCUCUGUCGACGAUACUGUGCUUUGUGCCGAUGCUUUGUGUGUGCUCGUCCGCCUAGCUUGUGUAGCGACUGGCACGGCCAUUCUACAGCUGUCUCCACAUCGGUUGUUUCGCAGCAGAAGCGAGCGCUAGCGCUGCGCCGCUCGAAGCAGUCUAAUGAGCUGGCCUACGAGGAGACACUUGAAGCGCGCGCAUUUUACUAUGAUGUGGGUAGCUCACGCGGCUCGAUAAUUUCUGGUAAAUACGCACGCGGUCGGGUUCGCUUGCGCCUCGGGGACGCCAUUAUUGUGGGUCACACGGAGCUGCUUUUCUGUGUGCAGCCCCCUGGUUGGGCUGCGCCUCUUCGGACAGAGAUGGCUAGCUCCUCGGACGAUUCUUCCGGUGAAGAAAGUACGCCCAACAGGCGCAAGUCGCUUCUGAAGGAUAUAAUGAAAGGGACCCUCGCUGGCGUCUCCUCUAAGCGCGAGCUUGGUGUUGAUAGUGACGCAAUCAAUGCGAUGGACAAUACAGCCGGGAAUAGCGGUGCUGUGCUGGACAAGGCCGACCGUCUUCGGCGCCUUUCUAGCCUUAGCUCCAAGCGCCUGCCCGAGUCCGCUCCCGCUAGCACCAUUUCGACCCCGAGCAACAUCCCCCGGAACCCCCCCCUGGCCGCUCAACAGAGGCCUGAUAGUGGCCUUGCCUUCCUCUCUCGGGCCCCAAGCCAGCGAGCUCAGUCCUCUUUCAAAUGGAGCUCGGCUUAG